GAAGGAACCAAGUCUAAGAAGCGGGCCGCUGAAGUACAGAAGUCCAAGUCGCCAAAGAAACCUAAGAUUACGAAGGAUGUAAAGAAAAGCAGAAAAAAGUCCAAAGGCGAUGGACCUCAGGUGAAAAGAGCUUCCUCGGCGUACAUUCACUUUACGACGGAUUUCCGAAAAACGCUGAAAGAGAAAUGCGAGAAGAAUGGCGACCCUCUACCUAAGGCAAACGAAGUUGCGAAGAUGGCGGGCGAGCAGUGGAAAAAACUUACAGCCGAGGAGAAAAAGCCUUACGAUUUAAAGGCUCAGGCGGAUAAAGAGCGCUACUUGAAAGAGGUAAGGAACGAUUUUCAACAAAACAAGGCGAGGACACGGAGUUAAAUUACUCAUCUUUCGGGACUCCAACAUGGCCGCCACAUCCUCGUCCGUGCUAAGCUCAACUGUUGUGUCACGUGAUAGUUUUUUCCUUUCACGAGACAAAUAUCUUUUUGUUACUGAAAAAUUAGUUAAUUCCUAUUUCAGAACUUUUUCCAAUUAACUUUCAAAGAGCAAGAAAUGCCUUUGUAAUGAAAACUUUUAUUUUUCCCAAAUAUCUUCAAAUGCUGAAAAUUCUUGCAUUUUUUGCAUAUUCUUCAACUUUGAAUUGUAUUUGAAAUCACUUUCAUUUUUCUUACUGGAAAAUUAUUGCCAGGAAAAUAAACAAAUUGUGUUAGUUUUAGAGGAUAAAUUUGUCCAAGUGCCUCCUCAGGUUCACAUAUCAUUUUAGAUCUUUGAAAUUAAUCAGUUCUGGUAGACUUUCAAGAGAGCUAUUGAAUGUUUGGUUACAAAAUGAGGUAAAAAAAAAAAAUUGUGAAAUGUUAUUUUCUUUAUAAUCUGAUCAUGUUCGUCACAUGGCCAUUUUACAGACUUGAUGUAUUGUAUGAAGCUUCAAAUUUGAUGGCAGCAGUUGGUAUGCGCAGCCGUUUUGGUUAUUUCAAACCCUUGAUGUUAUGUUUGCACAAAGUUUGAAAAAAAAAAUUUUUUUCUGGCCACCAUUUUAUAUUUUUGACUUUUUUGAAGAAAAUGAACUUGCAGCACUGUAUUACUUUAAUUGUGACAAAAAAAAAGGUUUGUUAGCUAUAGAUUUGUCUUUGAGAUUUAGUCCAGAAUUAAUAUGUAAGAAUUUACCAGAUAUGUUAAGUUUUUCAUCAUUCUGUUCCCAUUUUCGCGUCAAAGUGGCUUCAACACCAGGCCAUUACUAGCAAGAGGCAAGGUACUUGCCUUGUGUAGAUUUUAACAUUGCAAUUUUAAUUGGAAAAACCAGUCCCAGUUGAAGAAGAUUGAUAUUUUUGAAGCCAUACCUUAAAAUAGCAUCUCAGAGCUCCUAGAUUUCAAUUUUUUUUUUGAGGGGGGGGGAGGGGGGGAAAUCACCAGAACCCAAUUUGCUCCUUCGGUGAUGACAGAUCUUGCUUCUUCCUGUGAGGAUGAAGACCUUGCCAAACUAUAGUUGUUGUUACUGAUACAAACUACCCAUGCCAGGGCCAUGGCAAGAUGGAUGGCCAGCUGUGAGACAAUCCAAAAAAAGCAAGAGAACGAAGGCUCUCUUUUUGUGUAAUUCUGUGUUUUAAUGAAAAGCCUCUAGCAAAUUUUUAUUCCUAAGGCAUGUAAAAGAUGAAAAGUCAAAACUUUUACCAUAAAGACAGUUUCCUCAGCUAAAGUUGUCCUAGUUACAGCCCUUAAUCCUGAAGUAACUAUUUUUUCUCUGUCUAUGUUUUUCUCUGUCUGUGCAGAGUGGAAAGCUAGCCAAGAAAGAAUCAGACAAGCCAAAGCGUGCUCCCACUGCCUACUUCAUCUUCCUGGCUGAAUUCCGAGAGCAAAUGAAAGGUAAGAGUACAGAUGGUGACCAAAAAAUUCCAGCCCUUGCCGGUGAAAAAUGGCGAAGCAUGAGCGACAAGGAUAAGGAGAAGUACAAAAAGUUAGAGGCAGAAGCGAAAAAGAAGCAUGAGGCUGCAAUGGAAGAAUGGAAAAAGAAGGUUAGUUUAAUCAAAGACACUUAAAUAUUCUUCAUUCAUAAAAGUAAGGUGUAGCACAAUUUUAUGAACAAAAACUCUUUCCACGGUGCAAAGAAAGUCAGUUUUAAAGCUUGUCCAUUAACUUUGGCAAGCUGUAGCUAGCCGAGAGUCAUUUCAACUAACCCAAAAAAGAUUUUUUUUUUAAGUUCAGUAUUAAGAGUUAAUUUAUGAUUACUUAUUUAUUAAUGACAUCAGUUAAUAUAGCAGUAGCUGCUUUACUAAUUCAUGUUAUUAACAAAGAUAUCAAUUUCACUUUGUCAGAUCAACUUGAAAAAGAGCUUUUGAUCCAUUUGAAUUAAUUUUAUUAGAAAUUUAACCUAUAAUAUUUGUCUUUAAACAGUAUUUCCAUAUUUUGAAUUCCACCCCCAAAAAUUUCACUUGCCGAUUGGGCAAGUUAAGAACAGAAUUCACUAGCCCAAAAUAAUGCAAAAUUCACAAGCCCCGGGCUAUCAGACAUGACCUUCUUCCCCACCUCUAGCCUAUUAGGGCUGCAACAAUACAAUGUACACAUGUUUAUCAUUGCAAAAACAAGGAAACAAAAAAAACCUUGGCAUACUCUUAUGUUUCUCUCACAGAAUGCAGGCAAAGAAGUGGCCCAGCCUUCAAAACCUAAAACACAGAGUAAAAAAGCCCCACCGAAAAAGGAGGUACCCAAACCAUCUGAAUCUGAGGAAGAGGACGAUGAUGAUGAUGAUGAAGACGAGGAAGAAGAGGAAGAAGAUGCUGAUGAUGUUGAUGAUGAUGGUAAGUUGGUGAUUUUA